CUCCAAGUUUUAAUGAAUUCCAACCAACUUCAAAAUCUAUCUCAUUUAUUUUUCUCCAAAUAUGUCUAAAACAAAUGUAAGAAAACAAGCUUUGGAAAGGAGCACAAGUUUCAAAGAUACACAAAAAAUAUUGAACCAAAAUUUCUUCCAUAAUAAAAUCUUCAAGAAAGUGUACCCUAUUGGACUUCAAAAAAGCACUUCUUCACUAUCUUUAUCUUCAGUUUCAUUAUCUUUGUCACAAAAUUCAAAUGACUCUUCUCAAGCUGAUUCUUUGACUCCAUUGGAUGAAAGGAUUUCAUCAGCACUUCGUUUGAUUUCAGCUUCUUCACAUGAAAGAAGAGAAACUGCAGUAGCUAAAACUAUACAUCAACAAAGUCCACUAGUGACUACUGAGCCUGGGGAAUUGAGAAGGUGCAACUGGAUCACAAAAAAUAGUGAUAAGCUAUACGUAGAAUUUCAUGAUGAAUGCUGGGGAGUUCCAGCUUAUGACGACAACAAAUUGUUUGAGAUGCUUGCAAUGUCUGGAUUGCUCAUGGACUACAAUUGGACAGAAAUUAUAAAAAGAAGGGAACCACUUAGAGAAGUUUUUGCUGGAUUUGAUCCUUACACUGUUGCCAAAAUGGAGGAACAGGAAAUCAUAGAGAUAACAUCAAACAAAGCACUUUCUUUAGCUGAUAGCAGAGUUAUGUGCAUUGUUGACAAUGCCAAAUGCAUAAUGAAGGUUGUUAGGGAAUGUGGAUCAUUUAGUAGCUAUAUAUGGAGUUUUGUAAAUCAUAAACCAAUAAUUAACAAAUACAAAUACCCAAGAAAUGUCCCAUUAAGGAGUCCAAAAGCAGAAGCUCUAAGCAAGGACAUGGUUAAACGUGGAUUUCGGUUUGUGGGACCAGUGAUAGUGCACUCUUUUAUGCAAGCUGCAGGAUUGACCAUUGAUCAUCUUGUAGAUUGUUAUCGACAUAGUGAAUGUGUAAGCCUAGCAGAAAGACCUUGGAGGCAUAUCUAAUAAACACAUUCAUUCACUACCACAAUUUUCAAUUUGGUUUUGUUAGUUCAAUUUGUAUAAUUCAAGCAAGUAAUAAUGUUGUAAUUUGUAUAAUUCCAAUUUCCAUGCCUUGUAAUUUUUUUGAGAGGUUCCAUUCCUUGUACUUGUCAAUCCAUAUCUUGACCAUCAAUAAAUGAAACAAAAAAGAAAGGAAGAAGUAUGUUAGAAGCAAUGCCGUUUGUAACUACUUGUUUGUAUGACAUGCAAUGUUAUAAUCAAAAUUUUAUUUGUUUUUUUUGUGUGUAAA